AGUAUCCAAUCAACCCUUAGCCGAGCCGAUCGGAUCAAACGAUCGCCCGAUGGAACUAGCAAUGCGUUGGACGCUCCUCGUCGACGCAUUCGCUAUAAGCAACUGGAUGAUCCCGAGCCGCGGUCUCUUACGCAGUGAACAUUCGAAGAUGUGCGGCGGCCGUGUGUCGCCGAAAGUUUGAGGGGAUAGUGUUACGCGAUCAAAACGCUCGAUCUAUAGGCGAUCUAAUUACCCAUGUGAGACCGUGUGGUGUCCCGUUUGCGCUAGAUGGAAUGGAAACAGCACUCGAUGGAGCACUCCGGAACGACAUUGGCGAGGAGUCGCAAAUUACCGAACACCACCACCGUUGUUGCCAGCUCGGGACGAGCGGCUGUGUCCAGCGGGAUCAAGUACGGUCUCGGAAACGGUCUACUGGUCUCGUCGGUGCAGCGAAACGUUCUGCAAAAAUCCCGGCGGAUUCUGGACGAUGGCUGGCAGGUAAACGGUCUCCAGGCGGCCCGUGUAAAGUGCAGCUCUCCGGUAAAGGGCAGGACCUGCACCGUGAACAACUACAGCAUCGUCGCCUCUAGGGGAGAGCUUGCUCGAAAUAACUGCGCAGCGAGAGAGACGCCGGCGCCGUGUAUCGCGAACAAGAGGAACAACACGAUCCUCGACGCAUCCGCGUGCAGCCGAGGCGCCGUGCGCCGCGACGCCUUUCUCGAGCGAGAGUUCCCGAGGAAACAGCUCCCCGAAGACGCGGCCAGGUCGAACGGCGUCGGCAAACUCGGCCAGCGGACCAUUCGCAAGUCGUUCUCCGUUCCCUUGAAUCUCACGGAAGGUGUUCCGAGCCGCGAGAAGCCGAGAAGGUCACCCGAGGAUGGUAUACUGAAACGAUCCUCGGGCUUGUUGGCGAAUCUCACGCACUCGGUCAGCCGGUUCACGGAGUGGGGAGCAAAGGACGAGUCGGCGAAGCAAGGGAGAGCCGGCUCCUCGCACCUCUAUAGCUCGGAGACCACCGGCGGACCGAGCAAGUACUCGACCUUGAAGGGAUACUUCUCGAUCUUGAGCAGCGUCACCGGCGACCACCGCCCAGCCCGGCAAACUCUCGGACGUUCGCCGAGCUGCCAGACGCUGCCGAUCGAACGGAAGAAGAAGACCGGCGGCCGCGUCAAGAAAUCGGUCUCGUUCAGCUCGGACACCAGCUUCCAAGAGAGAAGAUCGCACUUGGGCAGAGGGGCCGUUCACGAGGUCAAAGUCUACCACAAGGGCGUCCUGCAAGAUCGGAACGCGCGCGACAACACCAGAAAAGUGCCGCCGUCGUGGGAAUCAUCCUCCGAGGGCCGAUCGGCCUUCUUGAGGGCCGCCAGAGAUGCCGAUGACGAGGCGCUCGAUCAAAUCGCAGCGCAGGUGCAGAGAUUCGGACUUGGGGACAUGGACGUCAAUGUGGUUGACAGCAGCGGCAGGACCGCCAUAAGCUACAUGACAGGAAACGGUGCCUCCGCGAUGCUGGAGCUGGCUCUGACGUUCGAAGGGGUGGAUCCGAAUAUUCCGGACAACGAGGGCAACACGCCGCUGCAUUUCGCGGCGCAAGCGGGCCAAACGGAGUGCCUGAACAUCCUGCUGCAGAGGUGUCCCGACAUCGAAGUGGACGCCAGGAACGCUUCCGGUUUCACGCCGCUGAUGAAGGCCGCGCUUCAAGGACGAACCAAGUGCGCGAAGAUUCUGUUGUUCGCCGGUGCGAAUCCGACCUUGCGAGAUCACGGAAGAGGGCUGCGGGCAGAGCAGUGGGCCAGAUUCUGUGGCAGGUACGUCUGUGCCGAGGUGAUCGAGAGGUUCGCCAGACACCGGCUUUUGGAAAGGUCGACCUCCUGCAGGUGGGGCAGCGAACCCGAGCUGGCGGCCAAGGUUUUGCAAGGAAAGGUCAUACCUAUUCCCACGACGCCGCUCUCGCCACCAUCUUCGGGGUUCAAGUCGAAGAUUAGGAAAGUAUUUCGCACAACUUCCGGGCCGGACCGAAACUUCUCGCUGGUCACGCAGCUGACCAGCGCCGCCCUUUGCGCCAGCAGCCCCGCUUUACCGAAAGCCAGCGAAGUUCCUCCUGUGGUGAAAAGUCUGCUACGUCCGCUCAGCGUCCCGCAGCUCAGGGUAACAUUGGUGUCGGCGCAAGACUUCCUCGACCAAUCGAAGGAGAAGUCGAGCUUCGCGGAGAAGAUCGAGGCGAUAAAGCCGUCGCGGUCGAAGAAGAAAAACAAAUAAACCGUUAGGCAUUGAUAUCACCUGCACGGGGAAAAUUAGUAUUUCGUUCCGUGAAACAGCGAGCUUGGAGACGAAGGCGGCCUCCGCCGCGCCGUUACCGCGCUCAAAAACGCGACCGCCCCCGAUCCGCCGAGUCUCGACGAGAUUUUUCGUCCCGAUUUUUCUCCUCGUGCGCGGUUUAUUUGAGCGUCGUUGCACGGCGUAAACGCUGCUCCAGAUUGUUUUCAAUGGGAAUGAUGUGUGGAUAAGGGUGUAAGCGUCCGAAGCGGUCGGACUUUAUUUUUGGUUUACGAUCUCGGUGGUCCGUGGCGGCGGGCAGGAAGCCGCUUGCGGAACGUGUCGAAACUCGGGAACGCCGAACGCUCGGAGUCGGAAUCGGCUAAGGUCGUGCUGACUCACCGAAUAACGGGAGAGAAAUAGACGAGAAAUAGUUUUUGAAACGUCGGUGUCCCGGCAAAGGCCCGUCUCUUUUUACGUAGGCGGAGUGAAUCCGCUUCGGAACCGUGUUUACCUCGCUAUGCCACCGCGGGCGUGUGCGAACCGCUACGCGGUAUUUUAUACCAACGCGGUGAUCGCCGUAACAACUUUUAAAUAAAUGUCUUGAUAUCAA